AUGCCUCAACCAAAAUAUGUUCAGGAGAGGAUAGAAUCACUAAAUUCAAUUGAUAGGCAGCUGACGUCAUCUUUGUUGCACGCAUCACAAGCAGUAGCAGCCUUGGCUGAGCUGAAAAGAGGCGAGGAAAUGAAACACCAGUUUGAGAUGCAUGCCCGAAACUUCUAUCAGGGACUGGAGGAGGCCACUGUUUCUCUAAGGAACGAAAUUAAGUUCCUAGACGAUAAUGUCGGAACGAGGCUUCUGCCUAUAAAUGUCAACAAAAAAGCUUCUGAUCAAGAUGAUGAUAAGCUUCGAGAACAAUUAACUUUGCUAGAGAAGGAACUAUCCUGA